CGGAGGGGCGAGCGCCGGGCGCCCGGCGCUGCAGCCUCCCCGGGAGAGGGAGGCUCCACGCCGCAGUGCCGUCCCCGGGGCGCGCUCCGAGGGUGACUUCGGCGUCCCCACGUACCGCAAGGGACACGGGACGGUCCCCGGGGGCCCGGCGCCGUCCCACCUCCCGCUCGGCGUUUAGGACUUCGGCGUUCCCAGCGGACUCCCGACGGCUGUCUGCUGCCAGAUGAGGAGCCGGGGCCACGCGUGGACCUAUGCAGACCAGGAAGAAAUACAUUUUCCUGACUUUCCUUGCCUCUUGGCUUCUGCUUUUCUUCUUCGGAGGGGACCAGCUGCGACGCUUCACCUUCUUUUCCAGCAAGAAAACCGAGACGCUGAGGAACUGGCCCCACUGGACAGAUCGGUCCCUCCUCCAAAGCUUUGCAGACGCUGAGGAACUUGAGGGUGAUGGAGACCCCCCGCUGCAGUCGCCCACAGCGCGGCGGGCAGCGUGGCUCAACGUCUACAAGAACAGCAGGUGCCGCAUGGAAACCUGCUUCGACUUUUCCAGGUGCGAGAAACACGGCUUCAAAGUCUUCGUCUACCCCUGGGAAAAGGGCGACCCCAUGUCGGACGCUUACCGCAAAAUCCUCACGUCCAUCGAGAAGUCUCACUACUACACCCCCAACCCCGAGGAAGCCUGCCUCUUCGUCCUCAACAUCGACACGCUGGACCGCGACCACCUCUCCGCCCAGUACGUCCACGGCAUCAACGACAAAAUCCAAGGCUUUCCUCUCUGGAACGAUGGACGUAACCAUCUGAUAUUCAAUCUUUACUCGGGCACCUGGCCAAAUUACACAGAGGACCUGGGCUUUGACAUCGGGCAGGCGAUCUUGGCCAAAGCCAGCUUCUACACGGAGAACUUCAGGCCCGGCUUUGACGUCUCCAUCCCGCUCUUCUCCAAGGAUCACCCGCAGAAAGGGGGUGAGCGAGGCUGGCUCCAGAACUUGAUGCCUCCAAAGAAAAAAUAUUUGUUGGUCUUCAAAGGGAAGAGGUAUCUCACCGGCAUCGGCUCCAGCACCAGGAACGCUUUGCACCACAUUCACAACGGCAAGGACAUCAUCUCGCUCACCACGUGCAAGCACGGCAGAGACUGGGAGAAGCACAAGGACACGCGCUGCGACAAGGAUAACAUCGACUACGGAAAGUUCGACUACCGGGAGCUGCUGCACAACUCCACUUUCUGCAUCGUGCCCCGGGGCCGGCGCUUGGGCUCCUUCCGAUUCCUGGAGGCGCUGCAGGCCGCCUGCGUCCCCGUGCUGCUGAGCAACGGCUGGGAGCUGCCCUUCUCCGAGGCGAUCGACUGGGGCAGAGCCGCCGUCGUGGGCGACGAGCGGCUGCUCCUGCAGAUCCCCUCGGCCGUGCGCUGCGUCGCCCCGGAGCGCAUCCUGGCCUUGCGGCAGCAGACGCAGUUCCUCUGGGACGCCUACUUCUCCUCCGUCGACAAGAUCGUGCGCGCCACGCUGGAGAUCGUCAAGGACCGGCUCUUCCCGCACCGCUCCCGCGCCCGGAUUUUCUGGAACGCGCUGCCCGGGGGGCUCCUGGCGCUGCCCGACUUCUCCACGCGCCGCGGCGAUUUCCCCUUCUACCACCCGCAGCAGGGCUCCAGCCCCUCCGACAAGUUCACGGCUCUCGUCCGCGCCGUCUGCCCCGUGGUGUCCCUCUCGCAGCCCCUCCGCAGGCUCCUUCAGGCCGUCUCCACGUCCCGGCACUGUGCCCAGAUCCUGGUGCUGUGGAGCUGCGAGAAGCCGCCGCCGCCCCGCGGGAAAUGGCCCCAGACCGCAGUGCCUUUGACCGUCAUCCGCGGCAGGACUGGGCUCAGCGACCGCUUCUUCCCCUACCCGGACAUCCGGACGGACGCGGUGCUGAGCCUGGACGAACACACCAACCUCUCAACUAGCGAGGUCGACUUUGCCUUCGUGGUGUGGCGCGCCUUCCCCGAGCGCAUCGUGGGCUUCCCCACGCGGAGCCACUUCUGGGACGCCGGGCAGCGCCGCUGGGGCUACACCUCCAGGCGGACCAACGAGUUCUCCAUGGUGCUCACCGCCGCCGCCUUUUAUCACAGGUAUUAUCACAACCUCUACACCAGCUCCCUGCCGGCGGCGCCGCGGGGCCUGGUGGACCGCCUGGCCACCUGCGAGGACGUCCUCAUGAACUUCCUCGUGGCCGCCGUCACCAAGCUGCCGCCCAUCAAAGUGACCCAGUGGAAGCAGCACAGGGAGCCCGUGGGCCAGCAGGUGGAGGACACGGCCGCCUCCGCCGGCGCCCUGCGCUCCUCCCAGCGGCAGGACUGCCUCAACCAGCUGGUGGACUGGUUCGGGUACAUGCCCCUGGUGUCCUCCCAGCUCCGCCUCGACCCCGUCCUCUUCAAGGACCAAGUGUCCAUCCUGCGCAAGAAGUACCGGCACCUGGAGAGGCUGUAGGGCCCGGCCGAGGUCCCGGGCCGGUGCCUCCCCGGGGCCGCGGCGCGGCGGCCGCUGCUGCGGGGUGUUUGCUCGUUAUCGGGUUUUACCAGUGCAAUAAAGGUUGGUGGAGACGCGGA